GUUGAGCAAGAAAACAGAAUGUUGGAAGAACGCAGAGGAUCGGGCAUCUGUGUAGGAGUUGGCGUGAGGCGACUGACUCGCAAACGUUCCCGCUGCAUCUCGUGUAUCUGACAAUAAAAAAACCAAUAGCAAUCCCGCACGGCAGCCGAGGCGAGCGGGAGGGUGGAGCUGAAGCGAAGUUCAGACGUGAACUCUCCUCUCUCUGCGGGUGCUUCCCGACCCCCUGGGUAUCCCCAGCUAUCGCUGGUCUUAUUAAAAAUCAACAAAAGUUCUAUAAUUAAUAGGAAUCAUUCGCAUUCAACAUUACCUGCCUCCAUUUUCAGCCGGUGAGUCGGGCCCCGCGGCCGGCACGUUGCUGGCAGUUGGCGCCGCGCUCCCGCUCCCGCUCCCGCCCUGGCCAAUCAGAGCGGCGGUAGGGGGCGCUGGCGAGUCGCGCGUGCACCACUGCGGCAGAUUGCGCAGGUUCGAGGGGCUUGAUGGAGCUCGUGGCGGGCGCGCGGCAGCUGCUGGCUCAACGGCUGCGGCAGUUCGAGCGCAGCAAAGAAGAAAGGAUUAUUCAACUAGAAACGGAAAAUGCUCUUCUUCAUCUUAAACUGGCAAAAUGUUGUGGCUCAGUAAAAGACAGUAGAGAAGAGGCAAAGUAUUUACGCAGGCAGUUAGAGGAAAUGCAGAUAAUUCAGAAAAAUGCUAGCAAUCAGCUGUUUGCAGCAGUGAAGAUGUUGAAGCAAGAGCUAAAAUCUCUGCAUUCACUAUCUAAAGAUUUAUCUGAGAAGAUUCAGGAGAAAUACAAAACAUCUUUGAAGGAAGUUUUAUCUUUCAUCGAGAAGCAACAUAUAAACAACACUGAUGUGAAUCAACUCCAGCAACAAGUCCUUCAACUUGAAAAAUCCCUUCAGGAAGUUAAUGGUAGAUAUAAUGGGGAAAAGCAUAAAAGGAAGAUGCUUCACAAUGCCCUAAUUGAAUUAUGUGGGAAUAUUAGAGUUCAUUGCAGAGUGCGCCCAACUAUGUCACUUGACUUUGGAGAAGGUGAUGCAAUCCCUUUGGAAAGGCCUGGAACUGAAUCCGAGAAGGUGAUUCAUUUGAUUGAUAAUGAAACUAUUCAAGUAAAAUGCAAUCGUUCUGGUCAUACUGCAGUGAAUAAGACCUUUGAGUUUGAACGAGUUUAUGGACCUAGUAAUUCCCAGGAAUCAAUUUUUGAGGAAGUGUGCCCCUUACUUACCUCCUUACUAGACGGACACAAUGUGUGCAUCAUGGCAUAUGGCCAGUCAGGCAGUGGCAAAACAUAUACUAUGCUGGGGCCACAUUCUGAAGGAAACAUCACAUUUUCUCUGGAGUCACAGAUAGAUGAAGGAAUUAUCCCCAAAGCUACAAGAGAGUUAUACAGGCUGAUAUCAAAUAGGUCAGAUACACAUUCUAUUGACGUGUCUAUCGUGGAGGUGUACAACAAUGAAAUCAUUGAUCUACUGGCAAAAAGUAAUCGUGGAAAGUUAGGUGUAAAGCCGGAAAUUGUGACCACUCUCGUUGAUGGUAGCGAUAUCCCUUUGUUAGCUUACACGUUGCUGCAUUUUGGUCUGUUUCAUGUUGUUACGGCGGAUGUGGAUAUCCUGGGGAGCCAUAGCCCGCUGACUGGGGAGCUGGCCCCCUGGAGACUGAGUACUCACCCACCUGGUGGGCCCGGCUCACCGCCGAAGACCCGCACCACAGACCAGAAAACCACCCGCUGCCUCAGUGUCUGUCCUGUAAUGGUCCACAUCCUUGACCUCUUCACAACCUGUGGCUGCUCAGAGGCAAAAGAGGCUCAGCUAAUGUCCCGCCAGACACAUCCACCACUGCCCGUCUUCCAGCAACAGCUGCAGCUGCAGGUCCGCUCUCCCACCGUGAUACAAAAGCGAGUGCAGUUUAAACGAGACACGCAAAAGCGGGUUUAUGACAAGACUAGCAAGCCGCUCAAACCACUUGUACAAGGACAAGUGGUACGCCUACAAACUGACAAAGGACAUACCAAACUGGGGCACAUGCAUGGCCCCUCAAAGGAACCACGCUCCUACCUGGUCGAAGUGGAUGGUAUCCUCUACAGAUGCAACCGUCAACACCUCCUUCCUGUGAAGGAACCUCGUCCAGCGCCUCCGGGUCCUGAUGCCCCACCGCUCGUGUUCACACGGACGCCUGAUGCCCCACCACCCGUCGUAACCAAGACCACUCACUCCCCGCGUCGAUCUGCCCCUGCGUCUCCUGUUGUAACCGGUGCCCCGGGCUCCCCGCGUCAGUCCGCCCCCGGUUCCCCUGCAGCGGUCUCUCCCCACAAGCCCGUUGGGUCUCCCGCGGCAUUACCAAACCAGGUCCCCAUCUUUUUGGAAGGAAAGGAUGAUGAGGCAGUCCCCUACCGCACGAGGACCGGACAUGUUGAAAAUCCUGCAACAAUUCUGAAUAUUAUCUCCCAUGGUUUACGACAUAGAGCCAAGCACUCAACAUUAAUCCAUGAACAUUCCUCACGGUCCCAUCUUGUGAUAACAAUCACUGUCACCACAAAAGCCACUGCUGACAAUAGGCCAGAUGUAUGCGCAUCAUUGAAUUCUCAGUCUUCACAAUCCGUGGCUGUGAACCACUCAACCACAGAAUCUACUAUGUUUUCAAGACAUAAAAGCAAGCUACAGCUGGUGGAUCUUGCUGGCAGUGAAUGCAUAGGAAUGUCAGGAGUGACUGGAGCAGCUUUGAGAGAGACUUCUUUUAUAAAUCGCAGCUUAGCAGCAUUGUCUGAUGUGCUUGGAGCACUGGCAGAACAACGAUCGCAUAUACCUUAUCGAAACAGCAAGCUGACUCAUCUACUCCAAGAUUCCUUGGGGGGUGAUGCCAAACUGUUGGUGAUGGUAUGUGUCUCGCCUGGACAAAAAUAUAUCACAGAAUCUUUGCAGUCUUUCGGAUUCGGUUAUCGAGCGCGGCAAGUACGAAAGGGCCAUACAAGGAAGAAGAUUCUGGUAUGCUCAGAGAACACUAGAGGAAGAUCUUCACAAAAUAGUUCCCAAAGAAAUCGUCAAAGUGUUUCCAGCUUAGCCAUCUUCUAAAGAAUGAAAAUAAAAUAUUGUGGAUAUUAGAAAUCUAAAAUAAAAACGCAGAUUCAGAUAUGAUAAUAAGAAAUGUAAUAUGUGUGGUGUGGUUGUAACCUAUGUCAUAAUGAAUGAAAAAUAUAAGAAUACUUCAAUCAAAAGAAACAAGGCAAAAUGCUACCAAAUGUUAAUGGACAAUUUCAGCAAGCCUGUGUUUUCCCAUUGACAUAUGGUCAUGCUGAGGGAAAGAAGAAAGAUAGGAACAUUUGAAAUAAUAUAAGGUAGAAGAGAGUGUGGGAUGUGAAUAAACUGACAAUAUACACAUACUGUUAUCCUCAAUGUCUCCAAAUUAGCUGUUGCCUAUGUCGCCUUUAAAAUUAAUCUAACCAGUGGAGCUUUAGGUAUGGAAGCACCCAAGCCCACAGGAUAUAUGUGUAUUUGGAAAGGCAGAGAUUUAUUAGGGAUAGUGGGGGUAGUUUUCUGUGGAGUAAAUCCUUUUUGAUUUAAGUCUUUUUCACGUAAAAUGUUCACGUAAAAUUAGGCCAUUCAGCCCAUCGAGUCAUGGCUGAUCUCUGCCUCCUAAUCCUAUUUUCCUGACUUCUCCCCAUAACCCUUGACACCCGUUCUAAUCAAGAAUUUGUCUAUCUAUGCCUUAAAAAUACCCGCUGACUUGGCCUCCACAGCCCUCUGUGGCAAGGAGUUCCACAGAUUAACUACCCUCUGACUAAAGAAGUUCCUCCUCACCUCCUUUCUAAAAGAGCGCCCAUUAAUUCUGAGGCUAUGACUUCUGGUCCUAGACUCUCCCAUCAGUGAAAACACCCUUUCCACAUCCACUAUGCCUUUCAUUAUUUUGUAAGUUUCAAUGAGGCCCCUCCUCAACCUUCUAAACUCCAGUGAGUAGAGGCCAUGUGCUGUCAAAUGCUCAUCAUAUGCCAACCCAUUCAUUCCUGGAAUCAUUCAUGUAAACUCCUCUGGACCCUCUCCAGAGCCAGCACACCCUUCCUCAGAAAUGGACCCCAAAUUUGCUCACAGUACUCCAAAUGCAGCCUGACCAGCACCUUAUAGAGCUUCAGCAUUAUAUCUCAGUUUUUGUAUUGCAGCCCUCUUGGUCCUUUUUGAGGAGGUAACUAACGAAAAGAUCUGUGGGGAGGUUAUUUUUACACUUAGAGUGGUGGAUAUCUGGAAGAGGUAGUGAAGCUGGCUACCAUUAUUACGCUUAAGUGGCAAUUCGCCAGACACUUCAAUAGUUAAUUAAUUAACCAGUUGGAUUUGUGUAGGAAGGAACUGCAGAUGCUGGUUUAAACCGAAGAUAGACACAAAAGGCCGGAGUUACUCCAGUUUUUUGUGUCUAUAACUAGUUGGAUUUCCCUAGUCCACACUGGUUCUUAGUGAGGCACCUCCGCUGAGGUGAUCCACAGGAAGGGUCUAGAUGUGGGUAUAUGGAACGAGCUGCCAGAGGUGGUACAUGAGGCAGAUACUAGACAUAUGGCCAGUUACAUGGAUAGGAAAGGUUUAGAGGGAUACAAGUCAAACGCAAAAAAAAUGGGACUAGCAUAGAUAGGUAUCUUGGUCAGCAUGGCUGCUUGAUUCAGUGAUUCAAUAGGCAAGGGAUAGCAGGAAAAUGCGACUACAUGAGAUUAACAUAGAUGGGUAAAAAGGGUGGCAGAAUCGUAGUGGCCCGAAGGGCCCAUUCUCUGCUGUACGGCUGUAUGACUUUUUCUUCUUACUUAAAUGGGCAAUUCACAGUAGCCAAUUCACUUGCUGGAAAAUUGGAGGAAUACAUCACAGAGAAAAUGUGCAAACUCCACACCAACAGCACCUGAGGUCAGGAAGGAACCUACAUAGAUGGAUCUGUAUGGCAACAGUAUUAACUGUGCUACCGUUGCCUCAUACUGAAUGACACAGUAGGUUUACUAGGUCCUGUGGCCUAUUUAUGUUUAUGAGUACUUGUGUGAUCGGCAAAGGCCAAAUAGGUAAAAUGUGUGAACCCCUCGUCACUGACAGUUGCGUCCCUCACAUGGAAUGACCAAAUAGAGGCAUAGUGGCUGGAAGGUACUGCACUCCUGUACCUCUUUGGCGGGGCAGGUGGAACAAUUGAAGGAGCCCUACACCCCCCAUGCUAUCACUGGCUGCACAUGUUCGAGAUUACAGUGAAUGAGAACAUUAAAAACACAAUCCGAGCGGAACUUGUGAGGGUCAGCGUUUUACUCGGCUGAUGUGAUCUAAUAAACUGGGCAUCCCACACUCAGAUGAGAAGUUCUUCGGAGUUCUCUGCCCAACAGGGCUACGGAGUCAAGAGUAAUUGAAUAUAGCUGGGCCUGGGUGUCUGAUGUUGUGAGACCCGAAACACCCGAUGACCCCAGGUCACAUCACUGCGUCCCAGAGCAUCUAGAAGAUGUAUAUUUUUCACACUGAAGUCUGGCUCAGCCAGUGGCACCCAGGAAUAGACUGGGUGACAACCAAGAAUAGUUUGGUGACUACUGGAGAGACAGUUGACGGCACAGAAAGACAGCACCCGGACAGGCGGGGUUAGCACCCCAGUCUGUCUUUCGUGAGAAAGACACCCAACAAAGCUACGGAAAGGCCUAAUGAACCACCGUGGCCUAUAAAUCCAUCAGGCCAGAAUGAAAUGCUCGGAGAAGGAGAAAGAGGUGCAGCACACAGGUGAAAUGAAGGAGGAGCCCGGCCCACCCCACAGAGUCCAGUCCCUCCAUGCACUAGAGUCUCCCAACACUUGCAGAGUAAUUAUUAAGAUGACUGAUCCGUGGGCGGUUGCUACUGGGACGCAAGUCGGGGUCUGAUCAGCCCCAGCUGGGUCGCCUGGGCAAGGGUGUCUGAUGUUGUGAGACCUGAAACACCCGAUGACCCCAGGUCACAUCACUGUGGAUGCGUCCCGGCACAUCUAGAAGAUGUAUAUUUUUCACACUAUUGCAAAUAACUGCUUGUAUCUUUUGACAUUUUGACAUACCCCAAUGGUCUGUUUUCUUAAAAGGAUAAAAAACUGACCAGUUGGGGUAGAAUCUGUGCAGGGUUAACAAUUCAGUUUGAUGUUGUUUUACCAGAUAGAGUCCAUUCAUUUCAUUUAUCAAGGAAUUAACCAAAUAUUUGUCUUCUUUACACCUUUUUUUUAAAGAAGCUUUUUUUUUUAAAGUACCAAAGAACACAGUGGUGCAUGAAAUUUCUUGAGAGGCAUUCAUCAAGUACUUUUAUUCAAUAAAUAUUUCUGCAGAGGAUUAUAACAUGCAUAGAGCUGUACAGCGCAGAAACGGGUCAUUCGGCCCACCUUGUCAAUUCAUUCCAAGUUGGCAUUUUGAGUUGGUCCCAUUUGGCUCAUUUCCAUUUACACCCUUCCUUGGGGCGGGGAUUUAUAGGUUUCUAGAUGGGAAAGGGAAUUUAGACAGUGACACGGAGUUUAAAU